AUGGCAGCAGCUGGUCCGGAAGAGACGAGCACAAACCCCCGCGCUCCAGAGCCAACCCUGGAAUGGGAGACGCGAACGCCAAGACCAAGCCGCUUGAGCAGGUUCAUGCCCGGAGGCGGCGCGAGCCAAGCCCACCACCAACAACAACACCACGACCCCGAACGGGCCCCCGAAGCGGCCCUCGCGCACAAGGAGGCCGGACAGCCGCAGCCCGGCGCCAAGCGCAGCCAUCACGGCAACCGCCUCGACAGGAUCCUGCCGCCGCACAGGAAGUACCUCGGCAUGCGCCGGCGCGUCUUCCUGAUCGCGCUCGCCGCCGCCGCCGUCGCGCUCCUGAUCCUCAUCGUCGGCCUGGCGGCCGGCCUCUCGUCUCGGUCCGGCGGCGGGGAAAAGAUGCCGCUCCCUGAGGACGGCGGGACGCACGAGGGCGAGCUGACGUACUACAGCCCGGGGCUGGGCGCCUGCGGGCAGAACCACGACGACGAGGCCAUGGUGGUUGCGGUCGCGCACGAGCUGUUUGACGAGGCGGGCGGUGGCGAUGCGAACCCCAACAACAACCGGCUCUGCGGCAGGAAGAUCCGCGUGUCGGCCGACGGGGGCGGGGGCGCGAUCGAGGUGGAGGUGGUGGACCGCUGCGAGGGCUGCAGGCCGACCGACUUGGACCUGUCGCCUGCUGCGUUCAGGAGGCUUGCUGACGAGAGCAGGGGCCGGGUCAAGGGCGAGUGGCAAGUGGCCGCCACAACUUGA